AUGUCUAAGCCGGUUGACCAUAUCAAGAGACCCAUGAAUGCCUUCAUGGUGUGGUCCAGAGGGCAGAGGAGGAAGAUGGCCCAGGAGAACCCCAAGAUGCACAAUUCGGAGAUCAGUAAAAGACUUGGGGCAGAGUGGAAACUUCUGUCUGAGGCUGAGAAAAGACCUUACAUUGAUGAAGCCAAGAGACUCAGGGCGCAGCAUAUGAAGGAGCACCCAGACUACAAAUACCGACCAAGGCGCAAGCCUAAGAACCUUCUGAAAAAAGACAGAUAUGUCUUUCCUCUUCCUUACUUUGGAGACCAUGACCCACUUAAAACAGGACUUUCCAUGAGUGCCACUGACUCCAUCCUGGGGGCUUCUGAGAAAGCAAGAGCUUUCUUUCCACCAACAUCAACACCUUACUCUCUACUAGACCCAAGCCAUUUCAGCUCCACCACCAUCCAGAAGAUGACAGAGAUGCCCCAUACCUUGGCCACCAGCACCCUUCCUUACGCCUCGACUUUAGGAUACCAGAAUGGGGCAUUUGGGGGCUUAAGCUGCCCCAGCCAGCACACCCACACUCAUCCUUCUCCAACCAACCCUGGUUAUGUGGUGCCCUGUAACUGUACAGCAUGGUCAGCUUCUAAUUUGCAGCCCCCGGUUGCCUACAUAUUGUUCCCUGGUAUGACUAAAGCUGGUAUAGACCCUUAUUCCUCUGCACACACAACAGCCAUGUAA